UAGAAUCCUGAGAAAGGAAAAAAAAUCAAAUCCGGUAAAACCCUAUCGCUCGUCUCGCCUUCGGAUAAGGCCGAGGGAAGAACUUUUAAGAUGCAAUUCCUGCUUAAAUUUACCCUUCGGUGAAGCUUUCAUACAUGUUUCUUGUCAGCAAUGGCUUCUCUUGACGCCGUCUUCUCAUUCAGUACACGUUUCCCUCGGAACUCUACUGCCAAUUCCACGAAAUCGAUCAGAAGACCGGCAUAUUUGUUGAACUUGGAUGGGAAAUUUCGAUCGAGAGCUCCGCUUCUGCGUCGUUCGUUUACAGUUCUGUGCGAACUGAAAUCUGGGUUGUCGCGGUCCGGUGACGCGAACAAUGUCGCGGGUGAUGAUUUCGUGACUAGGGUCUUGAAGGAAAACCCUAGCCAAGUGGAGCCGAGGUACCGAAUCGGGGAUAAGUUGUACACUCUGAAGGAGAGAGAGGAUUUAAGCAAAGGCGCCAAUGCGGGUGUGUUUGAAUUUGUCAGAAGAAAGCUUGAUUCGAAGACCGCGAUGGAGAAAGAGACCGGUGAAAGUGAAAAGAGCAGCGAAACUGGGAAUGGGUCUGUUUAUUUGAAGGAUAUCCUGAGGGAAUACAGAGGAAAACUCUACGUGCCCGAGCAAGUUUUUGGGCCAGAGUUAUCUGAGGAAGAAGAAUUCGAGAAAAAUCUGAGAGAUUUGCCGAAGAUGAGUUCGGAAGAUUUCAGCAAAGCCGUGAAGAGUGAUAAAGUUAAGCUGCUGACAUCGAAGGAAGCUUCUGGUCUUUCAUACGUGAGCGGCUAUAGAGAUUUUGUCGUGGAACUUAAGGAAAUUCCCGGAGAGAAGAGUUUGCAGAGAACGAAAUGGGCAAUGAGGCUUGAUUCAAGAGAAGCUCAAGCUCUUCUGGAGGAAUACGCCGGUCCACUGAAUGAAAUAGAAAAGCACAUGACGUCUUGGGUUGGAAAAGUGCCUGAAUUCCCUCACCCGAUUGCGUCUUCCAUAUCAAGUAGAGUGAUGGUCGAGCUUGGAAUGGUAACAGCCGUUAUUGCAGCAGCAGCAGUUGUUGUUGGGGGGUUCUUAGCCUCAGCAGUAUUUGCAGUUACUAGUUUUGUUUUUGCUACUACAGUUUAUGUUGUUUGGCCUAUAGCAAAGCCAUUCAUCAAACUCUUUUUCAGCAUAUUCCUUGGCGUUCUUGAAAGAUUCUGGGAUUACCUUGCUGAUGCUUUUGGCAGUGGCGGGAUUUUUUCAAAGCUUUAUGAUUUCUAUACUUUCGGUGGGUUGUCUUCAAGCAUUGAGAUGCUUAAACCGAUCCUCAUUGUUGUUUUGACAAUGGUUCUGCUUGUUCGGUUCACGUUGUCACGGAGACCAAAGAACUUUAGGAAAUGGGAUUUAUGGCAAGGGAUAGCUUUUUCUCAGUCCAAAGCAGAAGCUCGUGUUGAUGGUUCAACUGGGGUUCAGUUCAAUGACGUUGCAGGGAUUGAUGAAGCUGUUGAGGAGCUUCAAGAGCUUGUGAGGUACUUGAAGAACCCGGAACUGUUUGAUAAAAUGGGAAUAAAACCGCCCCAUGGAGUUCUUUUGGAGGGUCCCCCUGGUUGUGGCAAGACGCUAGUGGCAAAAGCCAUUGCGGGUGAAGCUGGUGUUCCGUUCUAUCAAAUGGCAGGAUCUGAAUUCGUCGAGGUUCUUGUUGGGGUCGGGUCAGCUCGUAUCAGAGAUCUGUUCAAAAGAGCUAAGGUAAACAGGCCAUCGGUUAUUUUCAUCGAUGAGAUUGAUGCAUUGGCAACUCGGCGUCAAGGAAUUUUCAAGGAAACUACAGACCACUUGUACAAUGCGGCUACUCAAGAAAGAGAAACCACGUUGAACCAGUUGCUCAUAGAGCUCGAUGGAUUUGACACAGGCAAGGGUGUGAUUUUCUUGGCAGCCACCAACCGGAGAGAUUUGUUAGACCCUGCUCUUCUCCGACCAGGUCGAUUUGAUCGGAAGAUAAGAAUCCGUCCUCCAAAUGCGAAAGGAAGAUUGGAUAUUCUGAAGAUUCACGCCAGCAAAGUGAAGAUGUCGGAUUCUGUUGACUUGUCAUCCUAUGCAAACAACUUACCAGGAUGGACCGGAGCGAAACUCGCACAGUUGGUCCAAGAGGCUGCGCUCGUGGCAGUCAGGAAAAGGCAUAGCUCAAUUCUUCAAUCUGACAUGGACGACGCUGUUGACCGACUCACUGUUGGGCCGAGACGAAUCGGCAUAGAAUUGAGCCAUCUGGGUCAAUGUCGUAGAGCCACUACCGAGGUUGGAGUGGCCAUCACUUCCCAUCUAUUGAGACGCUAUGAGAAUGCAAAGGUCGAGCGGUGUGAUCGCAUAUCGAUCAUCCCUCGUGGUCAAACACUAUCUCAAGUUGUGUUCCAUCGGCUCGAUGAUGAAGCCUAUAUGUUUGAGCGGCGUCCACAGUUGCUUCAUCGUCUUCAGGUUUUCCUCGGAGGGAGGGCUGCCGAAGAGGUUAUCUACGGACCCGACACAUCAAAGGCAUCGGUUGAUUAUCUCUCUGACGCCUCUUGGCUCGCCCGUAAAAUCUUAACCAUAUGGAACCUCGAGAACCCGAUGGUCAUCCAUGGCGAACUGCCUCCUUGGAGAAAGAGGGUGAAGUUUGUGGGACCACGCUUGGACUUCGAAGGAUCUCUCUACGACGAUUACGACCUCGUCGAGCCGCCGGUUAACUUCGACAUGGAUGACGAAAUCACAAAGAGAUGCGAAGAACUCACAAGGGACAUGUACAAGAAGACUGUCUCUCUUCUCAGACAACACCACACAGCCCUACUCAAGACUGUAAAGGUGCUUGUGAAUCAGAAAGAGAUCAGUGGAGAAGAAAUGGAUAUGAUAUUAAACCAUUAUCCUCCUCAGACACCGUUAACGACCCUCUUACAAGAACAGAAUCCGGCGAGUCUCCCCUUUGUUCCGGGCUAUCUCCGGCGGGAUUCCGAUGACCUCGUCCUCCUCAACCACUCGACCGACGUCAACGCUUCUACAUGAAUCCGGCUUGCGUCUUACCAUAACCACUAGGCCGAUGUCCUGACUGGACAAUGAUCGGUGACUCGGCUUUGGUUGUGGUUCCAAUGACAUAACCAUGUGUCCGCCGUCCGAACAGAUCCGGCGAGAUUCCGGCGGGUUUGAUCUCAAUGCACUGGCCAAGGUAUUGUUUCUCUCUUUUGAGUGUGUGUUGUUUUAUAUUCAUAGGGUAGGUAAUUUAUCGGGAUUUAUAUAUUUCAUACAAAACCAUAGAUUUCUGUCUUAGGUUCAGAACUCAAAAGGCUCAGAACUUUCACUCGGAGGAUGUUAAGGUUGAGGUCUGUUUUUUUUUUU